ACAUCUGGUCGCUGGGCAUCACGGCCAUCGAGCUCGCCAAAGGUGAACCUCCGAACUCGGACAUGCACCCGAUGCGAGUUCUCUUCCACAUCCCCAAAUCUCCACCGCCAACACUGAUAGGAGAUUUCUCCAAGAGCUUCAAAGAGUUCACAGAGUCCUGUCUCAACAAGGACCCCGCCUUCCGUCCCACAGCGAAGGAGCUCCUCAAACACAAGUUCAUCGUCAAACACUGUAAGAAGACGUCCUACCUCAGCGAGCUGAUCGACAGGUACAGGAGGUGGAAGGAGGAGGGGCACAGCGACAGCAGCUCCGACGACUCCGACAGUGAGUCCAGUAACAAGGAGAACAGCGACUCUCCUGAAUGGUCCUUCACCACCGUUCGGAAGAAGAAGUCCGCCGGCGACAGGAAGGUUCUCAACGGAACGGUUCAGGAUCAGUUGAGUAAAUCGACCAGUCUGACCACAGUCAUCUCUCCUGUCUUCACCGAGUUGAAGCAGCAGCACAAGGAGCACUCUGAGCAGCACCAGGCCAUCGAGGACCUGGAGCGCAACAUCCGCCUGGCCGAGGACGUCUGUCCCGGCAUCACGGACAGGAUGGUCACACACAUCAUUGCCAGGUACCAGAAAUUCACGACCAACUAAAGGACGGACGGAGAGAGGAAGUCAGAUGAAGACUGUCUCCGUACGGUGACGCUGCUGGAGGAUUGGAUACGGAGGAGAUUUGCUGUGCGAUGUCUCCUCGCUGUACACACACACUUACACUUACACUUACACACACACACACACACACACACACACACACACACACACACACUACUAAUGUAAUAUAUACACUAUAUAUUAUGUAUAUAUAUUUUUUCACUGCCGCUGGUUGAACCUUUUUUUCUCCCCACGUUGGAUUCAGAAGACGGCUGCACUUUUGAAUGAACUGAAUUUUUGAGUCAGUCGGAUUUUUGGUUUUCGUUUCCCGUUUUUUCGGGUCAUGAACUCUCUCCGUUUUUUUCCCCCCAAUCACUUCUGCAGCUGAAGUUUGGAAUGCAAAGUAAGGCCCAGCCUUCAGUCCGACUUAAUUCAAACUUGACCCCAUGAAUAAUCUCCCCAAACUCCCUGAUUGACCAUCACGUGCCUUAAUUGUCGAUGCUAUCGUUUUCUAAAAGAUGUCAUUUUGUCGGAUGCAGAUUUUUUUGUUGUUACACACAGAUUAUGACACAUAAGAGAAGGUUGUCGUGCGUCAGCAGGAGCGUGUUCAGUGUCUCGGCGUGCCUUGACCUUGUAUAUUUCGUUGUGUUUGCUCAGUAGCACUUGAGACAGUUUCUCUGCCAAUAUUGCAUUUUGUUGUCUUCAGUAACACUUUUCAUUUACAGCUCCUGCUCAGAUCCGUCAUACGUGAAACUUUAAGGGGUUAAGCUUCAAAUACAAUUUGAACUAAUAUUCCAGAACUGAAACGACUCUCGGGCGACAGAUCAGCGUUACUCAAGGAUUCACAGGUUUAAUACUGAAAGUUUAAAAACCUGAGCUUCCGCAGUUCGAAACACGUUUGAAGAAUUGCUGUCUUCCACUCGCGUUGAGAAACGUCUGCGUGACGUGCACCGGCUCCGGGAAACUGUCGACCUGAACGUUGAAGCAUCUUUAACGUUAACGUGGGAAAGUGGCACAGGUUCUUUUCAAGAGCACGACGGGAGCUGUAAAUCAAGGUGUUACUGACCGUUUGUACCAAAGACACUAUAGAACUUUUUAUAUAUCAUAAGGGAUACAAUAAUGCUUGUUGGGGGGGGGAUGUAUGAAAGAUGUAAGAUUUUACAGUAAUGUUGUUUUUGUAGCGGGACUUAGAGUUUUAUGAAUAAAUAUUUAAGUUUGAUCAAAAA